AGCAUUUCAUCUCAUCAUCUCAAACUGGGGCGGGACUCUAGCCAAAAUGAUUGGAUUGAAGGGUAUUCUCAAUGUUAUUGACAACACCGGAGCUCUCAAGGUUGAAUGCAUCAAUGUCUUGAAAGUCAAGACAAGACUAAAGUCCACUGGCUUUGCCACUGUUGGGGAUGAGAUUGUUUGUGUCGUCAACAAAGCCCGUCCUAUCCCCGCCAACGAAGUCGUCAAGAAUCCCAAUGCCUCAUCCAACAUUCAAAAAAUCCGCAAGGGCGAUAUACGACGAGCAGUAGUUGUGCGCGUGAAGAAGACCACUCAACGGCCAGAUGGAAGCGUGGUCAGAUUCGAUGAUAGUGCUGCGGUUUUGUUGAACAACAAGGGUGAAAUGUUGGGCACAAGGAUUGUUGGGCCUGUGGCGAGCGAGUUGAGAAAGAUUAAGGGCGGUGCGGGCAGCGGUGGAAGAUGGGAGAAGAUCGUUAUGCUGGCGCCCAAAGUUGUUUAAAGAUAGUAUUAGCUUUCAGGAUCCUUCCUUAUGAUUCAUGCCCUGAAAAUGUUGUCUACCUUACAUUCCAAUAAAUAAAUUGCCAAACCCAGCCUUCUAGAUUUGCAUCAGUCUUUGGAUCUGAUAAUAUGCCUCAGUUUCCAGACGGACUUUUGACGCCCAACCGCUUUUGAAGAAUUAGUCGGCUUUAUGAACUUCCAAGUAAAGGACUCGGGGGCUAUGCUACUAAUU